CCCUGUAGGGUCAGCUCCUAGCAAUGUGCGCAUGUGUAUUAUGACUGGAGACUGACUGCUUAACCGCUGCAUACAAAUCUAUCCGUACAAACCCCGAUCUAUGAACCUGUGUAAUGGCUCUGUAUACAUAGUGCGCUUCUUGUGAUUGAUCUGAAGCGGAUCCUGUCAAUGCCAUCUCAUAAGCCGGAUCCCCGGGCACCAUAUAUCUAUAUCACAGUCUCACUCUGCAGCUGUUACUACUUGGAUGUAACAAGAUCUUCUAAUACAGAGUAGAAUGGAGAAAAAAUAUCAUGGUAGUAAAAAGAACAGCAACUGGAAUUGUCUUCUGCUGCUUAUAAUCCUGCUGCUAUUCACAGUGGUGUCCAUAAAUGUCCUGCUCUACGUAUACCUUGAGCACGUCUAUGUGUCAACUAGUUACCCAUAUGCAGAUCCCACUACUUGUCCUCAAGGUUACUUCAAGAUUGGCAACAUGAAGAAUUGCUCCGCAUGGCUGACCUGCGAUGGUAUAAAUAAGGAAGUCCGAAGACUAAAGCUUGUGGGGGAAGGUGCUGUCAAAAAGGUGUAUUUAUCAGAGUGGAAAGAAAUGAAAGUGGCUCUGUCCCAUCUUACAGUACCUGAUCUACAAGAGGAUUUUCUACAUGGAUUACGAAUGUUGCAGUCCCUACAGAGUAGGCAUGUAGUUACUCUUGUGGGUUAUUGUGAGGAAAAUUACAGUAUAUUAACUGAGUAUCACCCUUUGGGAUCUUUGAAAAAUUUGGACGACACAUUUAACCUUCCUAAAUACAAAAACUUUAACACGUGGCAAAAUCGCCUAGAACUGGCCAUAGACUAUGUCAGUAUUAUCCGCUACCUGCACAACAGUCCCCUUGGUGUACUGGUGAUGUGCGACUCCAAUGAUUUGGACAAAGUACUAUCUCAGUACCUGCUAACAAGUGACUUCCACUUGGUGGCAAAUGAUUUGGAUGCCCUACCUCUGGUCGAAAAAGAAAAAGGAGUUUUUGUCAAAUGUGGUCCACGAGAAAUUACUGGAAGUUUUGUUGCUCCAGAACAAUUGUGGCCAUAUGGGCCCGAAAAGGAGUUUAGUAAUGAUCUAAUGCCGCCAUAUGAUGAGAAGACUGACAUAUGGAAGAUCCCCGCAGUGACUGAUUAUCUCCUGGGUCAUGUGGAGGGCAGUGACAUUGUUCGCUUUCACUUGUUUCUUAUCCAUAGAGAGUGUAAAAAGGAGAACCCAGUGGAGAGACCGUCAGCACAGACCAUUUUGGACACAUACAAGAGAAUUAUGACAUUACUCAUGAAGGAGUUAUCUGUGUCAGAUGCUAGAGACAUGCUGUAGUGUGCAAAUGCGACUGUUCUACUUCAGUGUUGUUCUAUUGUUUUAACUGUUUGUUAUUUUUUGUACUACACGUUCCAGCCAGCAAUCUAUUCAAUGGGUUUAUGCACAAUAAAUAAGACUGAAAACACAAGCUAGAAAAGUCAGCAUUCUGUUCAGUGCAGUGUUUAUUGGUGACAUUGUUCCAAACUAGGCUUUUUUAUUUUUUUAUUUAUUUUUUAACAUGGUUUUUUAAAGCUGAGCAUGUCAGAAACACAACUGUUCAGAUGAUAGCUGUCAAUAAAUUCAAGUUACUUAAGAGUAUAAAAAGUUCAGGUCAUGUUUUCUAGUUUAGGCUCAGAAAUAGGUGAUAUAUACUGUACAAGGGGGGAUAAAAGGAACAAAGCAAAGACUGAAAUAAAAAAAAUCAGGACAGGAAAUGUGUCAUCAGUAUCACACGCACUAACCUGUUUGUACAGGGUUAAAGUGUGGGUGACACUGACAAAAAUCGUACUCACCGAUCUGUCCUUGGCUCUGUUCUUCUGUAAUCCCAAGUCUUCUGGAUAUGGUAAUGAGGAGCUUGGAGGGUUCUUGGGAGUUCUGAAGAUCUGUGCACGCUGGCUUCAUUGUCACACCUUCUCCCUCUUGAACCUGCCAUGCUUCAGAAUGGAACUUCACUCUGCAGCAUAACUACUCUCUUCUGCAUGCGCAGUAGCUGCGACCACAGCUGUCAUGCUGUAGCUUCAUUCCGCAGCAUAGUAAACUCAGAACAGAC